AUGAAUGCGGUGGCAUCAAUAUACAGAAGAUUAAGCAUCAGGGAUCUAGUUGCAAAUACUCCGGUUUAUGCCUCUGUCACUGAUGCAUCUGGAGAUAGGCUGAGCUUAGUUUUUAAACGCUGGGCCACCGAGAAAACAGCUGGAUCCACGAAAAAUGGGCGAGACUCAAAGCCCAAGAAUCUUGGUGUUAAGAAAUUCGGUGGAGAGGCUCUGGCAGGGCAAGCUAUGUGGGAUCCUGCUCGUGGUGGGAUGAUACGAUGUGAGCGCACAUUUGCCACGAAACAUUUGUUUUCUACGGACAAAGACGAUGAAGAAAGAGAAAAGCUUGCAAGGGAGAUAUCAAAGGAUUGGAGCUCAGAUUGGGCCUCGAUGCUUCAAAGCGCCGGGAGAAAAGGGGGUUGCGCCGUUGGAGGUCUCCGUCGGCUGGCCCAUGCCGUGGCUCGACCGCCGCCGCUCUCGACCGCCAUCGACCCUCAGAUCAAUAACUCACUGCCGCCGUUGAUUUUCCCGGAAGAUUAUGACGACAAAGACGUGAGGGAUGAGUUACCUUGUUUCCCAUUUCCUGGUGGUGCCAUGGAACUCAUGGCUGUCCCCAAGAAAAAGGUUAGUAAACACAAGAGAGGUAUUAGAAAUGGACCAAAGGCUUUGAAACAUGUCCCAGUAAUCAUCCGUUGCACGGUUUGUGGUCGGGUCAAGCUGCCGCACUUCUUCUGUUGCAGUGGGAUCAAACAAAAUCCUGAUGGUAGUAAUUAA